AUGUCUCCGCCUAGAGAAGCCUCCCAUGCGGGUUCCUGGUACUCUGACAGUCCGCGGACUCUCAGCCGACAGCUCGACGCCUGGCUGGCCCAGGUCCCCAGCGAGGUUGAGGGGAUAGGACAGCUCCCUGUGCCUGGAGCCCGAGUGAUCAUCGCUCCCCAUGCUGGCUAUGCUUACUCUGGGCCCUGUGCCGCCCAUGCUUACAAGGCCUGGGAUUUGUCGAAGGCGAAGCGUAUCUUUGUAUUAGGUCCCUCGCACCACUAUCCGCUGUCAACGCUGGCCCUCCCACAGCUGACUGCCUACUACACGCCGCUGGCAAACGACCCUCUACCGCUGGAUACGGAACUGAUUGCGUCGCUGCUUUCCACUAAGGUGACCAGGUCCAACGGGACCGAUAUCAGUUUCACGACCAUGACUCGGUCGAUCGACGAGGACGAACACAGCAUCGAACUGCACCUCCCUUAUAUCCACCGUCUGCUCCAGCUGCAAUACCCCAACAAACCCACCUCUUCGUACCCUCCACUCGUCCCCAUUAUGGUGGGCAGCACGUCCGCAGCGACGGAGCGGGCCUUUGGAAGCCUGCUGGCCCCUUACCUGGCCGACCCGUCGAAUGCGUUUGUCAUCAGCUCCGACUUCUGCCAUUGGGGUCUGCGGUUCCACUACACAUACUAUGUCCCCGAGGCUCCGAAGCCUGGACCAAGGCUUCCCCUCUCCAGUAGUGCCCUACCUCAACCGGGAGGGGAGAUGGAGGACGUAGAGGAUGACAUCGAGCUGGUUUCGGCAGGCCAUUCCCUCCAACGCCGAGACCGCGUGCAUACCCAUGCCCCAGCGAUCCACGAAAGCAUCUCCGCCUUUGACAUGGCCACAAUGGCGGCCAUCACUACCGGCAGCACCGAGACCUUUCUCAGCACCAUCCAGCGGACGGGGAACACCGUCUGCGGGCGCCAUCCGAUCGGCGUGGUGAUGGCGGCUCUGGAAGAGAUCACGAGCGAAGACGAGGGCAAGAAGGGGAAAUUCCACUUCGUGCGCUACGAACGCAGCUCUGACGUCGUGGACGUGACAGACAGCUCGGUGAGUUAUGUCUCUGCCUUUGCGGUACUGUAG